UGAAUAUUCAAAGAUGUUACGCUCAGAUUUCAAGCGUUUUGAUUUUGCGUUAAUAUUUACUUUUGUGUUUAUUUUUGCUAAGGUGGACUCACUGCAUAGUAAUUGUGUAUCGCCAUCAUGUGUAUCUUUAACAUUAGAGGCAGCCCCUCAGGAGAUACUUGUUUCAGCACUAGAAGGAGGUUUAAGAAAACUCUGUAUUCUGUGUUACCAUGGACAGAGAAAAACUUUGUUCAAGUUGUGGCUCAAUCCCAAGAUAACAAUCAACUUACCUGACCCUGAGCAGGAAAUUGAGGUGUUCUAUGGCCAGAAUGUGAGUGAAAUUGUCGAUAGGUCAAGGGCAGUUGGUUUUCUCAAAUGGACUGGCUUUAGUCUGAUAGUUGACCAGUAUUCAUUUGACCCAUUCAACUCUUCGUGUAUAGGCAUCUCCUCAGUGAAAAACUACACUGUAAAUUUCACUAUAAACAAUCCAGAAAUUAGGUUUUUAGUAUACCUAAUAGUUGGUCUUCUUUUAUUCUUCUUUGCCUCAUCUUGGAGUCAGCAUGCCCUAUUAUACUACAGCACAGGAGUCACAAUAGGAAUUUUGGGUUCAGUCAUCAUUGCUGUGUUCAUUUUAAGCAGAUUUCUACCCCAGAAACUUAAAACACUGGGCUAUACUAUAGCUUUGAUCAGUACAUCCACAUCCUUGUACCUCUGGCGAUUAGUCUCUGUGUAUCUGAAUGACAUCUUGCUUAAUCAUUGGCAGUACGUCAUUGGUUAUGUGUUAGUAGCUGGGGUACUCAGCUUUGCUUUUGUGUAUCGUUAUGGGCCUGCGACCAACUCAAGAACAAUGGACCUGGUGCGCUGGUCACUUCAGGCUCUUGGGCUGGUCUUGGUGUACCAAAGCUCGCAGAUAGCGGAGAUGUCCAUUGCCUUGAUUGCUGUGUCUCUGUGUGUUUAUUUCUUGCCCAUGGGAUUUGCAUCUAGGCUGAAUAAGCUAAGAUUUAGGUACUUCCCACCAAAGGUUCGGCUCCUAACAGAAGAAGAAUACUAUCUAGAAGCUGAAGUUGAAACAAAAAAAGCCUUAGACCAGUUGAAGGAAUACUGCAGGAGUCCUAACUGUGAUGCCUGGAAAACUAUGAGCAGACUUACCUCACCAAAUAAGUUUGCUAGCUUCAUUGAUGGAGGCUCACAUGUGACAGACGAAGAGUACAGAGAGCAUGACUACACGGCAGAGGUCAAUCCCCUCAGGAUGGAGGAUGACAGUAGCGACGAUGACACUAGGUAUAGAUAA